GACGAACGCCCGCCCAGCCCUGGCCCCCUCCCUUCUCGUCGACAACACACACAGUCAGACACACACAGUGACAUUCAUACACUCAUACACACUCGGUGGUUGUACUUGUGCAGUGCAUUGCGGCUUCUUCGCUCGAGCAGACGUUGGUCAUCCCUCACCAAACAGGUCUUUCACUUGCAACACUUUUGUGCUCACUUCAACAAAUUCUAAUCAAAAUGGCAGAACACAGAGCAGCAAAAAGCGGAGCCGCCCUCGACGCCCAGAAAAAGACUGGCUAACUGGGUGAAGCCAGGCAGUGUGGGGGCCAACAAGGUGUCCAAGGCUCCCUCCAUGGCCUUCAAGCAGAUGGAGCUGAUCGGCCUCUUCCUCAAGGCCAUUGACAUCAGCGAGGGUGGACUGGUCAAGAAGGCAGAGCUCUUCCAGACUGUCGAUCUGUACGAGAAGGUCAACUUGGUGCAAGUUAUUCUCACCAUCGAGGCUCUUGGACGUGCUUUGCUCACCGAAGGCCGUGAAGGUUUCGGCAAAGCUGAGUCAAAGGGAGAGACCCACCAGUGGACAGAUGAGCAACUUAAGGCUGGCCAGAACAUCAUUGGAUUGCAAAUGGGAUCCAACAAGGGCGCAUCACAGGCCGGUCAGAACUUCGGCAAAACCAGGGCUAUUGUGGAUUAGAUUUUGUAACAUCUUUGUAUUAUCUAAAUGCUGCACGCAUAUAACUGUGGUUCUAGUAACAGAUGUGUUUUAACCACAUCUACAUUUGUUCCUUUAUGAGAAACCGCCUUGUGGAAAAGCUAGUGUGUCGAAAGGAAAAGAAAGCAUUCAUUUGGUGUAUGCAUUUUUUUAAAAACUGUAUGUUAGAUGUCGGUUAUCCGCAGCUAUUGUUAGGAUCAUCAGUGCUUUGCAAAAUUUCCAUUGUCAUCUCUCACUUUACAUUUGUCUACAGACCAAAAGUGUACACACAUGUAUAGGCCAAGCUUGCGUACACUUUCCUAUGCAAGAUGAGUCUAAAAGCUAAGCAUUUUUUAAAUCGUUAUGUUUGAAAGUCUGCCACAGAUGUCGAGGACUUGUUGGGCUCGUAUUGUUUGAAAGUAAGAAGGCAGAAAAUGAAGACAAGGUUAACUAAAUUUCAAAUACUAGUCUUUUCGUCUUUGUGUGUUGGAUUGAAAGUUGAUAGAAUGUGGCUUUCAUGCUUACCAAAGUCAAUGAUUUGUGCAGGGGAGGAGAGGUUUUGUUAUGUUCGAUGUAUCUGGUUUUACAAAAACAAGUUAAUGACUGAUUUCCACAGUUGAAAUUCAUUUUUUUAACUUUGUUGUAUUGUAGCUCCAAGAUUACUCAUGAUUCCAAGAAAUGGGACCAAUUCCGUGAACUUAAGUGUAUUGUAAUUCCAACAUUUCUUAUUCCAAGAAACGGGACGAAUUCCGCUAUGAUUUCUCUUGUGGCUUUGAACAUUCACAUUUUGUUGUGUUUAUUUUCUGAUUUAUAGGAAGCUUUAAUAUUUCGAUCUGGAAGAAGUUUGUGAGGAAAUACAGUACCGUAUUUGUCUCUCUUGGUUUAGUUUGGUCACGGAAAUGACUGUGAUUUAUGUAAUAGUUUUCUCAUAAAAAUCAAACAAUCUUAAUAUAGAAUCAGAUCACUUUCAGUUUGUUAAAAGAUUUGAAAUGUCACUGAAUAGACGAAUUAAUCAUCAUUUUCUCAGGUACUGGUACCAGAUGUAAAGAUUGUCUUGAACAAAGUCAACUAGAGAAACAUCUAGAGCCUUAAAAGUCUACUAAAGAGUGGUUUUUUUAUUAUGAUGACACAAAAUUUCCGAUGAUUUCAUGGUGCUUAAUGUCUGUGGUUUUCGUUAUUUUUAAGUAAAUUUUUUACAAUAUGUUUGCUACUUCUCAUACAGCCUUCACAAUGCCUUUCUUUUUGAUAGCCUUCUUUGUGAUAAGCUUACUGUUUUCUGCAUGUUCACGGGAGUGUUCUGUGGGUUUGUUUUGUUGUUUUACCCAUAGACGACGCGACUAACGGCAUUGUUGUUUCAUGUAGACUUAUGAUGCAUUGUUACUCGGAAAAGAACUCUUUUACUUUUGCAGUGGUAUUGAAAACGUGGGGAAAUGGUGAGUUGUUUCGAUGGUCGCACAUUUUUAAACAUUGUUUUGUUUGAAAUGAAAGUGCCUUUUGAAUUCUUGUGAAAGCCGUUUGAAAAGAAAACUUUAGAAAUGCUCCGUUAAGCUGUUGUAAUGUUUACUUUCAUAUUUGUUUCCAGCAAUCUGAACGUUCAAACCACACCAACUUUGUUUUUCUUGAACUGCUGUACAAUUGUUUGAAAAAUAUUUGACCUAAGAAUCUCUGUAGAUUGCAUAUUAUGCAUUUAUAAGCAAUCUUCUCCACCACUGGAAUAUCAUUUUUGAAUAAGCAAAGCAAUACAUACAUUUUUAAUGCAAUCUCGGCAAUUGUGUGACAACAAUCGUUCAAAAGAAAUUCUCAUUUGUUUUGAAUUUACAUUAUGAGUUUUGGGGUUUUCAACAGCAUCUUUUCAUCCCUCGAAAAGCAGCAUGUGGUGGCAAAUCUCUCUUGCAUAAAUCGCUUUUCUUUAUAUAGGUAUAUAUAUACAUUACCUCAGCACCAUGAUAGACUGGAGAAAACGUUUCUAAAAGAUAUUGUCUUCUCUGUCUUAUGAAAAGAGCUGUUAUGGACUCAGAUUCCUGUUCUAUAUUUUGGGACGAACCAAAUAGUGAUAGGAUUAUGUAAUUUGGAAGCUGUUAUUUUCUUUGGAUAAGCUAUCCAUGCUCUUUUUUUGCAUCAUGAUGUCGAAUAAAAAUGUUAAAAGUCGAACAAA